CAAGUUGUUAACAAAGUCAAAUAGUAGUGACAAAAAUAUACUAUCAAGGAACUUCACUAUGAAGUUGUAACAAGGGACAAGAUAGUUCAGUUUGCCGAAGGCAUUUAAUGAAGCCGGGGGCUACUCUGCAUAGUAUCACCAUAACUGCUUCACUAUAAAAACCGAUUAGAGUGUCCAAACAUUUCUUCCAUUGAAACCUAUUUCGAUACAAAUGACCAUGAUGGGGUUGUUGCAUUCUGUUGCUCUGGCCAUACAUUUUCUUCUCCUCUUCUCAUCCUCCCUGUUUACAAACUGUUUAACUUUGAAUGAUUCAACUACUACUCAUCAUCAUGAAUGCCAUCAACAUGAAAGCAAUGCCUUGCUCAGCUUUAAACAAAGCUUCAUCAUAAGUAAGUCUGCAUCUUACAAUACUUUCAGUUAUCCUAAAACUGUUUCCUGGAUUCCAACCACAGAUUGCUGCUCCUGGAAUGGCAUUGAAUGCGAUGAGCUCACAGGUCAUGUCAUUUCCAUUGAUCUUAGUAGCAGCCUGCUCUAUGGUUCCAUGGAUCCCAAUAGCACCCUUUUCUCGCUUGUGCAUCUUCAAAGCCUUGAUCUUUCGGACAAUGACUUCAGUCACUCGCAAAUUCCAGCCAGGAUAGGUCACUUGUCACAACUGAGGCAUUUGAAUCUUUCUCAAUAUGGUGAAACCACAUUGUCAGGUGAAGUCCCAACUCAAAUUUCCCAUUUGUCCAACUUGUUGUCCCUUGAUCUUCGCAGCUAUAUUGACCAACCGUUUGAAAAUCUAGUGAUCAACCAAUUACAACUUAAGGUAUCCACUCUGCGAAGCUUAAUUCAAAACUCAACAAGACUUGAACAACUUCGCCUUAAUUAUGUCAGCGUUUCAUCAUCUAUACCUUACACUCUCACAAACCUUACAUCUCUGCAAAAUCUCUCUUUUCGAAACUGUGAACUAUGUGGUGAGUUUCCAGUUGGAAUAUUCUAUCUCCCAAACUUAAGUUCUUUGAAUUUUGCGGAAAACCAAAAUCUGCAUGGUGCAUUACCUGCAUCCAUUGGGAACCUGACCAAUUUAGCUUGCUUGGCUCUUGGAAAAAAUAGCUUUCAAGGUGAAAUCCCGCAGUCUCUUUUUAGACUCGAAAAUCUUGAACAUUUGUCUCUGGGGUAUAAUUUCUUUGAAGGCCGCCUAGCACUUGACAUGUUUUUGAAGCUAGAGAUGCUUAAUGUUCUUGACUUGUCUGGCAACAAAUUGUCUUUGUUCUCACAAGUUAGGGAUGUCAAUGUCACAAUCCUUCCUCUAAUUCAAUGGUUAGGAUUGAGUUCAUGCAAUUUAGCUGGGGAAGUUCCAACUUGGAUAAUGAAUCUAACCACUUUAAGUUACUUGGAUCUUUCUCGAAAUAAUCUUCAAGGUGAAAUUCCAUAUUUCUUCUUCAGGUUAGAAAAUCUUACAGUUCUCGAUCUAUCUAAUAAUAUAUUGGAAGGACAGAUCGACCUUGACAUGCUUUCAAAGCUCCAAAAGCUUAUUUUUCUUUCUUUAGGCGGAGGCAACAAAUUGUAUUUUCUUGAAGGGAAGAACACUUCCAGCGUAACAUUUCCUUCUCAAAUUCAAUCUUUGCAUUUAAGUUCAUGCAACUUAGUUCAUUUUCCCAAUUUUAUACAACAGUUGCAAAAGUUGACAGAUCUUUUCAUAUCAGACAAUAGCAUAAAGACAAUGUUAGAUUUUGUUAUUUUCAUGUGUGUAAUGUUAGAUCAUUAUUCAUUUUCAUUUAUGUGUUUUCAUUUGAAGUUAUUGUGUUUAUCUCGUGUAAGAGUGGGUCAUGUGUAA